AUGGCUAAAUCCCGUGAGAGCAAAGUCUCUCAUAGGAAGAGACUGGUUGAUUUGCUUGGUUCUUCGGGUCAUUCAACUACCUCAAGACCGACAAAAUAUGGCUUGGCGUCCGCUGAUAGCUUUCGAGACUCCGACCUUCCGAUUAAAACUGAUGUCCCUUGGCCGAAUCCAACUUUAACCACAGAUGAUCCAAAGCAUUCUGGCACAGACAAGGCCUAUAAAUCAAAUGCUCCCGUUUUGUCCAAAUUGCGAAGCUCUAAGGUUACAUAUGCGCGCCAGCGGUCAUUCUUGGGUGAUCCUACGAGCAUGGCUUCAAGUGAACAUCGAGGGAUUCCAGUUACUCUCCUACAGUCUAGGGGGGCGGGUCAAACGUGCACCACCCAUCUGAAUGACAGGCCAACUUCAGUUUCUGACGAUGAAGAGGAUGGCAACCCCCGACCUGUUCGCAGCAUAUAUGAGCUAAGACAAGCUGGUGACAAUGCCCGCUUUCGGGAGUCAGUUGAAGCAAUUUUUGAAGAUAUUGAGGACUCGUCUAAUUCGCCAUCUGGGACAUGGAGCAGCUUGGCGCAGCUAUGUGUUAAGCUUUCUGAACCUGCUUUUGUUCGGCGUUUUUCAGAACAUGGCUUCAAUGAACGACUUAUCAGGUGCAUGGCAAGCAACAAGGAUAUUGUUUCAGCAUCCUUAGCUCUAUGUGCCUUCAGAUUGAUCUAUCUUGAUGCUUCUUCCUCCUACACGAGCCUAAGAUCUUUCUGGGUCAAACUUUUAUGGCUUUCUCCAGAACUUCUUACUAACAACGACUCUAUAUUGUCUUUAUCAGCAAGUCGAGCUACCAACCUAUCUCAAACCGUUCAGAGAACAUUGAAGAAAGCUCUAGGACAGAUUUCUUCUGUCAUUAUUGACCGACAAGUAUCGCCACAACUUUCUCCUUGUUUAGUGACUCUCUCGUGCAUUCACUUUUGCCUCGCCACCUUUCUCAUAAAGGGUGACCGUAUUGGAGCAAUACCAGCUCCUUUAUUGAAUCAAAUCAUCGAAUUGCCACUUUCACAAAGCGAGAAGUCCAAUGGUUCAGUAUCUCCCGAUGGCUCGCAAUUGAUGGAAGCGGCAUUUUUGGUUCUGGAGACUUACACAAUGUUAUCGGGCGUCUUAGGCUAUGAACAGCCUUAUUCUUUUCGGUUGCUUUUUCAACACCAUGAUAGGUUCAUCGGGUUUGACCAGAAUGAUCGAAACCAUCAAAUUUCGACGUUAUAUACCAGAGUGAUUUUGAAUCUUACCAAUAAUCACCCUUCAUUAUGCGAAGAAAUGGCUAACCCUGAGAUGGUCUUCAACUUUGUCAAAAUCGCGACGGCAGAAUUUCCCGAUGUUCCCGAAGAUUCCAGCAAGGAUGAAAACAACUCAUUCAAUGCUGUAAUAUUAGCUUUGGGUAUUCUAAUUAACUUAACAGAACAAAGCGAAAUGUCUCGAGCUUCCUUUCUAAAACCAGCUCAAAAUGACAUGUCUUUGCUUCAACUGCUUCUACAGCAUUUUUCUGCCGGGCUUUCAUAUGUGAAGCAGAUGGGUUCUGUUUCCGAUGUACACUACAAUGUUGUGAUUGGUUAUUUGUCUAUUGUCUUGGUCACAUUGUGCCUCAACCAGGACGCUUUCUCUCUGAUCAAAGUGUCAAUGGGCGGCAGAGGCCUUACCCUGAUCUUAUCGACGGCUGAAGAGUUUUUGCAGCAUCAUCAAAUGGUUGAGCAAGACUCGCACAAUUUUCGAUUUGUUGAACAUCAUUUUGUAGAAAGCUACUAUCCGACGAUUGAAAAUACAUUCAGCCGAAUCAUUAAAUACAAUGGUCAAGAUUAUGCGACUGAGAUCGUUGACACAGCCGGUCAAGACGAGUACAGUAUAUUGAACUCGAAGCAUUUCAUUGGAAUACAUGGAUAUAUCAUUGCCUAUUCGGUGGCUUCUCGCCAAUCGUUCGACAUGGUAAGAGUCAUACGUGAUAAGAUUUUGAAUCAUCUUGGUGCUGAUCAUGUACCCCUUGUGAUUGUCGGCAAUAAAAGUGAUCUCAAAGUUGAACAACGCCAGGUAUCGCCAGAUGAAGGCCGGCAGUUGGGGGAGGAGUUUGACUGCGCAUUUACCGAGGCUAGUGCCCGCCUGGAUUAUAAUGUUGCAAAGUCAUUUGAUUUGAUGAUUGGGGAGAUUGAAAGAUCGCAAAACCCAUCGCAACCUACAGGAGGAAACAAAUGUGUUGUAAUGUGA